AUGGCUGAAAAUGUAUACUUCUGUUAUGAGUCCGUGAAUAAUUCUUGUCCAAAGAUCAUCUAUCCACCAAUGAUACGGAAUCUGCUGCAUAUUGUCUUUGUAGUUAUUAUUGUUAUAACGCUGUGUGGAAACCUCCUUGUCAUCAUUUCCAUUGCUCACUUCAAACAGCUGCACACUCCAACCAACUACCUCAUCCUCUCUCUGGCAGUGACUGAUUUGCUUAUGGGAGGCAUCAUCUUGCCUCCUUAUAUGGUGCAAAUUAUUGAAACAUGUUGGUAUUUUGGAGAUGUGUUCUGCAAAAUCCACUUGAGUGCAGAUGGCACGCUGUACACUGCAUCAAUGCUAAAUCUUUGUUUCAUUUCCAUUGAUCGAUAUUAUGCAGUUUGUCGGCCCCUACACUACCAGACUAAGAUUACCACUUAUACCGCAGGGAUAAUGGUCCUGAUCACUUGGAGUGUGUCUGCCUUUGUUUGGUUUGGGAUGGAAUUCCUGGCAGAGGCAAUUUUGGGGAAAGAUUAUUAUUAUGAAAAUGUUGCUUGUGUAGGACAAUGUGUCAUGUUGACUGAAGCAGCAAGUACAAUAUCUAGCCUUAUCUGUUUUUAUAUGCCUGCGUUAAUUAUGUUGCUCAUGUAUCAGAAAAUCUUUCAUGUUGCGCAGAAGCAAGCCCAGGCUGUUCACAGCAUUGCCUGUAGCAAUGUGCACUCUGAAAACAGCACAUCAUCUAGCAAGAAGGAGCGAAAGGCUACAAAGACCCUGGCAAUUGUUAUGGGGACAUUCUUGUUAUGCUCUACACCCUUUUAUGUGUGUUUUCUAAUUAAUCCAUUCAUUAAUUAUUCCAUUCCACCUGUUUUAAUUGAAAUAUUUUUCUCUAUUACCUAUUUAAAUUCAACAUGCAAUCCUAUCAUUUAUGCUUUCUAUUACAGUUGGUUUAGGAAAGCAUUCAAAAUUAUUUUUGUUGGCAAAAUAUUUCAAGCUCAUUCCUCAACAGUAAAACUGUCCACAGAUUGA